UCUCCUCCAAAGUCUUUGGCCACUAUUGACUGCAAAGCUUGCAUGUGACAUUCUCACACACUUGUGUAGUUCUUAAACAGCUUAUAGCUCUGGUCAACCUUGUUCUAGACAACAAGUUUUGGAACCCCACUUCAGCACCCCAAAUCAGGGUUUUUCAAGACCAAUUUUGAGCCCUUCAACCCAUUUUCUCAUUGGAAGAGAGACCCAAAUUGAUGUGAAUUAAGAGAGCCUCUGUGAAAUUCAGUACUAUUUUCUUUUAUUUUUAUUUUUUUGAGACAGAUCAAAUCUUCGAGAAUCUUCAAGAAAUAGGUGACCUAGUUUAUGGGUAAAGGAGGAGGGUGUGUGCCCAGCAAGAAAAGGUCACCUUUGGAUGCACCUGAUCAUGAUUUACCACACCCAAUAAGGGAUAGUUCAGUUCCAAUUCAAAAUCAAAACCCUAGCUCCAAUGCAAAAGCCCCAGUCCAAGAUGGGGCUUUGCAAUUACAAGCAGCAGUGAAAAGGACCAAGUUGAGAAUAUUCAUUGUGUUCUAUUCAAUGUAUGGCCAUGUGGAAUUUUUGGCAAGGAGCAUGAAGAAAGGGGUUGAUGGAAUUGAUGGGGCUGAAGGGGUUUUGUACCGGGUCCCGGAAACCCUUUCACCAGAGGCUUUAGAACAAAUGAAAGUGCCACCUAAAGGAGGUGAGAUUCCGGUGAUAUCGGUGGAGGAGUUGGUGGAGGCUGAUGGGUUGUUGUUUGGGUUUCCGACGAGGUAUGGAUGUAUGUCUGCCCAAAUGAAGGCCUUUUUCGAUUCCACUGGGAGGUUGUGGGAGGAGCAGAAGCUUGCUGGGGUGCCUGCCGGGUUCUUUGUGAGUACCGGUACACAAGGAGGUGGCCAAGAGACCACAAUUUGGACAGCGAUCACCCAAUUAGCCCACCACGGCAUGCUCUAUGUUCCAAUUGGCUACACCUUUGGAGCUGGAAUGUUUAAAAUGGACUCCAUUAGAGGAGGCUCACCUUAUGGUGCGGGAGUUUUCUCUGGGGAUGGAACCAGAGAACCAAGCGAAACAGAGCUAGCACUUGCAGAACAUCAGGGCAAGUACAUGGCUAUGAUAGUUAAGAGGUUUGCCCCUCAUUCACGUGCUCCAAAUGAUCACGCUGGUAAGUAGCCCCGUCAAACCAGCAUUGAUAGUCCUCCAAAUUAAUUUCUUUGCCACUGUAAUAUAUAUUCAGUGUAUGGUAUUCACAUAUUGGUGUGUCGAUAGAGUUAAAUUUUUAGCUUGGUUUCCUAUUCUCCACAUUUUUCCGAUUCCGGUUCCAUUGUUCAAAAAAUUUGUAUAUGGUGUGCUUGAAUGUAUUAUUCAUAAUGAAAUUGUUGGUUGUGUUCUCUUGUA